UGACUAUCUAUUGAGUAUUGCUCAGGUAGUCUUCGAUCUCCCAUCAAUGGAAGGAUCUGGAAUUGCAGAAGAACAAAAUGUUUAUUCGGUGUGGGCAUUACCACCUGAAGACGUGAGCCAGAGGUUGAAGGCGGUGAUGAAGGAUCUGGGAUCGGAGUUCAGAGGUCCCGAGUUCGAGCCACACAUCACCGUCGUCGGAGCUAUUCGCCUCACUAAGGCGGAUGCCCUUCAAAAGUUCAAUUCCGCCUGUUUAGGUCUAAAAUCUUAUACAGCUCAAGUUGAUUCGGUGGCUACGGGUACUUUCUUCUAUCAGUGCGUCUUCCUUCUCCUCCACACCACUCCUGAGGUGAUGUCAACUGGCGAACACUGCACUUCACACUUCGGAUACAAGAGUUCAACCCCUUAUAUGCCACACUUGAGCAUCCUCUAUGGGGAUUUAUCAGAUGAGGAGAAGAAGAAAGCCCAAGAGAAAGCUAAACUUCUUGAUGAGAAGAUAAGCAGCCUAAGCUUCCAGGUCUCCCGUCUUGCCUUGUACAAAACCGACACUGAAGACAAAUCCCUCAAAUCCUGGGAGAGGGUGGCCGAGUGCAGUCUUGAUUAGCCACUUAUCCUGUUGACUCUAUAUGUGAAAAAAUAAGGUUCUAAUACUUUCUUUUGUCAAGUCUUUUUGUUCUAGUUCUCUGUCAUGCAAACUUUGGACUGCUAUAUAUAUGUUUCUUAUAGUGAAUAUUGAUGCUGGUCUUUAGUUUCUGA